AUGGCCGCCGCUGGCGGCCAAAUUGAGGAGGACGAAAUUGGUUGUCCUCCUUUUGACGAGUUGUCGGAAUCUUCUGAACCUCAUUUAAUAGUAGCCGAAACUAAUUUACUUAGUGGAGUAAUUUUUUGUGGUGGUGGCUUUUACUUGACGCUUCACACAGCGUUUAAAAAGCCGGUGAUAACUUAUCCUUUACUUGGUGAUGUUAAAACCAUUUACAUUUGGUUUUUUUACAAUUUUUUUUGGCAUGUUUUAGCACCGGACAAAGAAUUAUUACAAGUUUUAAAACAAAAACAAAUACCUUAUCAAUUGUUAGAUAAAGAACAAUUUUCCCGUUACAGCACCGAUAAAAAAAACCAAGGCAUAGUGGCUUUUAUUCGGAAUUAUGAUUAUGUUUCGCUUACUUCUUUGCUAUCUUGUAAGCCAAGAGGUAAGUUUCCUUUAAUUAUCAUGUUGGAUGGCAUUGAAGACCCUCAUAAUUUUGGGGCCAUUUUGCGGACGGCUGCGGCUCUUAAUAUUGACGGGGUAAUUAUUGCCAAAAAAAAUCAAGUUCCAGUUAAUAGUACAGUGGUUAAAGUUUCGGUGGGGGGAGUAGCCCAAGUGCCGGUCUGUCAAAUUGCCAGUCUGCCCGAAGCACUAAAUGAGUUAAAAAAAAACGGCUAUCAAAUUAUUGCUACCAUUUCAAAUUCAAUUUCAAUUCCCCCAUUUGCUUAA